GUGUGACAUUCCACGAGUAAGAAUAACUAAUGUUGGACGGACCGUGGAUCAACCCGCUGUGGUUCAGUUGAGUUCAUAUUACACAUUUGAAACAAACAUUGAAGUGAGGUGCGCUCAGAUAUGGGCACAAAACGCAUUUUGGAUACUGGCGGAUCCUUUGCUAAACGAUCCUGAGGCUAUUUUGAAUGGAACUAUAGUCUCAGCGAACACAAACGAAUGGACUCUCUCCGACCAUCAUUUACCAUUCGCCCAUGAUCUACACGCUUUAUACUUCAUUUUUACGAUAGCCCAAGGAGACAGUAAUAAAACAGAGGAGGUAUAUGAUAAGGGUUAUAUUAAAAUAGAACCCUUACCACUGGUUGCAAUAAUUUCAGGUGAAACUGAAAUAACCAGAGGAAAUAAGCAGAAUGUCAUCCUAAAUGGAUCCAAGUCUUAUGAUCCUCAUGUUGGCCGUGGAGCCCUGGAGACACUGACAUUUUAUUGGCUUUGCAAGAAAUCGAAUGAGCAAUUCCCAACGGAAAAUCUGCUUGAGAUCCAGGUGGUGUCUGUUCCUUUGCAUGCCUCUGGCUCAGAUGGAGGCUGCUUUGGUACGGGUAUUGGGAGACUGGAAUCGACGGAGCCUGUUGUAGUGUUGAACGCCUCAGUAAUGGAGAACACAAACGCCUCAUACAUCUUUCAACUUAUUGUAACUAAAGACGCCAGAACGUCGAGUGACAUAAAAACUGUUCACGUAGUCGAAGGAAGCCCUCCUGAAGUUUCACUAAACUUUGUUUUAAAUGAUCGUUUAAACGUUAUUCCAUCCGCGCCGCUGACCAUCUCAGCCGAUUAUACGGGCUACUCGUGUGAUGAUAAAGUGGAGUACCGAUGGAUCCUUUACGAAGAAGACAAGGACGCAGGGUGGAUAGAAAUUUUAAACAAUCCAGAAUACUCUAAAAUCCUCGCUAUCGAUCCAAAGACUCUAAAGGACAAUACAAAAUAUCGAUUGGAAUUGACCGUGCUAUUUGCCAGUGAAACCCCGUCUACAAGUGUGCAGGUUUUUAAGACUACAGUCCUUCCGCGUGAUGGCUCGUGCACUAUAACACCUGACACUGGCGAAGCUGUUUAUACUUCAUUUGAGUUGUUUUGUUUCGGUUGGUCCGCUCUCAAUGAAACUUUCAUCUAUGAAGUGGAGAUAAUUGGAGAUGGUGAUAUACAUUAUACCUUGUAUUAUGGCCGGGCUAAUAAACGGACAUUAGUUUUACCGCAAGGAAAUGCAUCAAAUGAAUAUUUAUCCCACGUCAAAGUAUUUGUUUCAAGGAGCAAUGGUGCUACUUCUGAGCUGGAUCUUGCUGUAACGGUGACGCCACCCGAGCCUAGAGCGGAACAAGAUCUUUUCAAACAACUGCAAAAGUCUCCAAGCCUGUUUGAGGAUCAUCUUAACAGAGUGGAUACGCACAGGGCCUGGCAGCUAAUGACAGCCAUGUUGUUGACAAUAGAGACACAAGUAUUGGUGAACCGCAACUUUUCCAACACAACAGUAUCGACGAAACAAAAGAGUGAUCUCAGAGACAUUGCCCUAAAGAGGUUUCAACUUGCAGAGCUCGAUGAUCUUCCAAGUGUGGUUUUUAUCUCAGCAUUUUUAGCGACAGCUGGAAAGAAUGUCACCAAGUUAUCCCUCCACAGUAAGGACCUUCUCCCGAUAAUAUUACGCAACAUAACUGAUACACUGCAUUCCAACGCUAGGAAUAUGAAAGCCAAAGACGACAAGUUUAUUUUCCAAGGAGUAUAUAACUUGCUCUAUGGAACUGUUGAGUUGGGUAUGGUGUCUGCAGAGGCGGCGGCAGUAAUUGGGGACACCAGAAUUCUUUCUGCUGACCAAGUGAAGGCAAAAGAUAUUGUCUUGGAAUCGAUGAGCAUUGUCAGAAUGCUACUCCGCACUUUGGCGAUAAGAUCAGCAGUAUCCCAAUCUCCUAAAAAGUUCCAUGUACCAGGAAUGGAUGUCAUGCUGGGUCGCGAAACAUCCUGCGGACUUGAAGAAAAACGUUUGAACUUUUCAGAGGGUCAGAGCUUUCAACUUCCGCAAAAUAUGAGACAGGCAUUUCCUAAUGAACAGGUCGAAGAGACUGAAUAUCGAAUGAUUCGCACGACGUUUAAUCCAUAUCGCUGGGACGUGAGCUACCAACAAAUAAAGUCGGAAAUACUGAGUCUUGAAUUCUCAGACAGUAAAGGAACAGUAUUACCCGUUGGAGGAAAUAAUAUAGAUAUCGACAUCAAAAUACCUCUUAAUUCUGAAAUUAACUCUUCAAAGAACUACUUCUUUAUCAGACCACUAAUGAUGCGAUACCACACUUUGGAGCUCACGGAUGUUUCUGAUUCUAUGAUCAUUGAGGUGAAACCAACAAACCUUAGUGUCACAAUGGUAGUAUACGUUAAAUAUGGAGAACGCCCAACGGUAAACAGUUACAGUUAUACUGCCAUUGUACCUGAUUAUUCGUCUUGUAACUGGGUCAACGAAAGUGGUCGGUUUGCAGCAAAGUGCUCAAGGAAUCCAUUUAAGAUCAUGUCUACUGCAAACUUCAAACAGGCAGGUACGUAUUACGUCGGAGUGUUGUACGCCGAAAGUGGUGACUUGAAUCGUACUCGAGUUAGACGCUCGUGUUUUGGAAGAAGACGAAAGAAAAGAGACUGUGUUGAACCUAAGCCACCUCCAUUGAAAGGAAUUGAGUACAACAGAACAUUAACAUACAAUUCUAGCACUGACCAGAACUAUAGCGUCAGUGUCCGCAAGUACAGCUGCUACUAUUUCUCAUUGACGCAGGACAAGUGGACUAAAGAUGGGUGUAAGGUUGGAGAUGACACGAACGACCAAAUACUCCAGUGUCGAUGCAAUCAUCUCACAGCUUUUGCUGGCGGCUUUGUCAUUGCUCCAAAUCCGAUAGACUUCGACAAAGUGUUCAUAGAAUUUACCAGACUUGAAGAAACAGGAAAUUAUGUGGUUCUUGCAACAGUCUGUACUAUUUUUGGUGUCUAUAUCUUGGUGGUAAUCUGGGCAAGAAAGGCUGAUAUGUUUGACGAAAGAAAGCGGGGCCCGACGGUACACGUUACACCGACUGUCAGUGGCAUACACACUUAUUAUUUGACUGUAACUACAGGCGUUUGGCGUAAUGCUGGGUCGACGGCUAACGUUUUCAUUAAAAUCUACGGCACUGAAGAUACUCUAGAGGCCGUUAAUUUAACUAAAAGCUCUCCACCAGGAAGGAAGAUGUUUGGAAGAGGAAGCGUCAAUAGGUUUGUUUUCCAUCUAGAGAAAACGCUCGGAAAUGUAAUUAAAAUAGAAAUGUGGCAUGACAAUUCUGGGAAGAAUUCAUCGUGGUUUCUGGAUGAAGUUUGCAUUGUUGAUGAAAGUACAGGCGAGAAGUGGUAUUUUUUCCACAACAAUUGGCUUGCACUUCACAAAGGUGAUGGAUCGACCAAGGUUACCCUAAUGUUCAAUGAUCCAAAUCAUCACGGUCCUGGAUUAAAAAAAAUGUUUUACUCUGUCUCUUCAGUGGACCUCGCGGAUUAUCAUCUCUGGGCCUCUGUCAUCACUAGACCACCGCGUAACCCAUUUACACGUGUACAACGAGCUUCGUGUUGCCUUUCUUUUUUAUAUUUGGCGAUGGCAUGUAACGCAAUGUUUUAUCAAGUGACUGGAGUUUCCGAUGAGGUGAUUCAGAUUGGACCGUUGAAAAUAUCACUCAGGCAAUUCAUUAUUGGAAUUGAGAGUUCGUUGAUUGUUGCCCCAGCAAGUGUGUUGAUAACUGUGUUAUUCCGUUACAGAAAGGCUAAAACGUUCGAGAGUGGAGGGAACAAAGAAGAAACAGCCACUAAAAGUAAUGUUUCAAAGAAAUCCUGGGCUGACAGACAAUGUUUGCUGCCCCAUCCUUUGUUGUAUCUCGGCUGGUUUCUUUGUAUUGCGGCGAUAGUGUCUUCUGCCACUAUAACAGUAUUUUACAGUCUGCAAUGGGGGAAGGAAAUUGCAGAUCAAUGGCUGGCUUCUGUGGUUGUCUCUUGUAUCAAGGAUGUUUUCAUCUGGCAACCGUGCAAAGUUUUAUUCUUUACUUUUCUGUUGAUUAUCAUCUCCAGGAGGCCGAAAUCUCCCGACGAGGCGAGUAAUAGCGUUGGAUCAUCGUUUACAGAGGAGAUGAAGGAGCUGCGUGCGUAUCAAUUACAAAGGGCAACGUUUUUUCGUUUUGCAAGACAGUUUGUUGCCUUCAUGGUCUUCUAUGUGUUGCUGAUGACAGUUACUUAUGGGGAUAAAGAUUAUCACAGAUAUCUGAUGAAUAAAGGCACCCGAGAUAGCUUUACUUCCUUCGACAAGGUAAACACCGGCGAAAAACUAUGGAUUUACAUGUUGCACAAGUUCAUCCACGAAUCAUAUGCCGGUGAAUGGUACAAUGGCCAACAGGAACAGACACCAGAGUAUAUAGGAAACAAAGUUUCAAUACUAAUUGGAAUGCCACGACUUCGACAGCUGAGGAUACAGGAAGAUUCUUGCCGAGUGAUGAAAGAGUUUGAGACGAUCAUUGACAAGUGCUACGAUUUCUACUCGAUGUCAGAGGAGGAUACAACUCGUCUCUAUCUCCCACAUUGGAUUCAUUUGUCAGACGCGCAGCAGGAUUGGGCCAACCUGUCACAACUCUGUCCCAGACCAUGGCGUUAUUCGUCACCAGAAGAGCUCAAUAACUUGCCUUCGUGGGCACAGCAUCAUCUAUAUGACGGUGGUGGGUAUGUUCUUGACCUUGGGUAUGAUAAACCAACUGCUAUCCGUAUGAUGGAAGGCGUCAAAGACAAGGACUGGAUUGACAGAAGAGCAAGGGCCGUUUUACUUGAAUUCCAAGUUUUGAACUUAAACACUAAUUUAAUGAGCAUUGUAACUUACCAUUAUGAGGUUCUACCGUUUGGAUUUGGGCUUACUUACGAGAAGAUUGACACGAUAAAACUGUUUAAUUUCCAAAAUCUAUCUUACAGUUUUUAUAUAACGUGCCAACUGUUGUUUAUACUGGUGGUAUUGCUGUAUGUCGUCAUCCUUUUAGUCAGACUAUAUCGCCAAGGAUGUGCAUUUUUUAAACGUAUUUGGAACUGGAUAGAUAUUGCACAAAUUACGAGUGCCUCACUUGCCAUUGUGUUCUACAUUAUAAAGGUAAAAUUUAUGCAUGAGAGUAUACAAGAACUUCGAAAGAACCCGUUUGUGACAGUGAGUUUCCAGUUUGCAAUUUUCUGGACUGAGGUUGAAAAUGCUGCUCUCUCUUUCGCCUUAUUUAUUGCCACUUGCAAAAUUCUUCAUUUUGUUCGUCUCAAUCCACAUGUGCAAAUCUUAGCAUGGACAAUUAUUACGGCGAGGCACGACAUUUUCUCAUUUUGUGCCCUCUUUGGUAUACUUUUUGUGGCACAUGCCCAUUUUGCUUAUUUGGCUUUUGGUAGCUCUGUGUUUUCGUUUUCAUCCUUUCUUCGCUCGUUCGCUUCUGAGUUUGAAAUGUCGCUGGGUAAAACAGUACACUUCGUUGAAACCAAUGAUGUCAAUAGAGUUUUGACCUCACUUUUUGCUGUCAGUUUUAUGCUGACGCUUGCAGUUCUUCUUGUCAAUAUUUUUGUAUCUAUUAUCGAUAUAAAUUUACAUGACGUGAAGGAAGACGACGAGAAAGUAAAAGAAGCGUCUAUCAUGGGAAAGUUUAUUGAAAAGUUUUUUUUUGGUUUUAAUUGCAAGACUAAAACAGAAAACACCCAGAAAUAAAUUUGAAAUUAAAAAAUACAUUAUUACGAAUGCUUACUCGCCACAUCAUGCUUUAAAUUAGUACUGUACGGCGGUAGGUAGCUGAAAAAUAAUGUGAUAAUCUGUAUUCCAGUUGAACAGUGUUUACAUUAUUAGAGACGUAAUGAGAGACAUCUCCUGAAAUUAAUCUAUGUCGUUUAAGUCGUAUUAAGAGUCGUUAGGUUAGCGGUUUUCAGCCUAUAAAUAGUUUCCUUUACGUUACUACUUUAGAUGGUUAUUGACUGAUCAAUGCCAUUCUGAAGUUUGAGAUUUUAAUAGUAACUAAAUCCCUGCCGGGCAAAAAGCCUUUUGUUACCUUAUACUUUGUCAAGACGAUAUUCUAGUUAUAAAAAACUUCGUAUAACAGUUUACAUGGCAUUAUCCAAAAGAGUAAAAACCACCUCCACGUUUUAUGUAAAAUAGGGAGUUUAAGAAAACCACGACGGCGACGGCAACGGGAACGUCGCUA